AUGAAGAAAGGAAAGUUCCUCAUCGUCAACGAGCCAACCGAAGAAACGGUCGAUCGAGAGCUCUCGGUUCCCACCGAGAAAUGCGAUGUCUUCCCAGCGCUUGUCUACAUUCCGAAAUUCAACAAAAAGAUGGAGAAAGGACUCUUCUGUGUGCUCACUAUUCUCGUCCAAAUCAUCAUUUUCGCCUUGAUGCCCUACUUUUUCACUCUAGGAUACCUUGCAGUGAUCCCAAUCGAAGUCGCCUUCUUGGCACUGUAUGCAAAGGAGCAUGUUAGAGUUCUCCGUGCUCAAAUGUUCUAUUUGACAAUUCAAAUGUUCUUCGGAACUUUCGUCACCUUCAUGGCUUUCCUUCCAGCCGAAUCCGGGACUCGCAAGGACUUCGAAAUGGUUUUGCCAAAUCUCACUACUGGAACACUGGCACUUUUCGGCGUUUUCUUCGGGCUGUUCACCGUUCUUCGCAUUCUCCUCAUCGCCAGCUACCAUACUCAUCUCUUCUACUCGAAUCUUCGUGACAAGUUCAAGGACGGAAAAGUCAUUCUUCAGCCAGCAUAA